AUGGGUGGAAAGAGAUAUACAUUUAUGUCAGGGGACGGGAAGAAUCUAAGUAAGAUUGAUAGAGUACUAGUAUGUGAAAAAUUCAUGAUGAGAUGGCCAGAAGCUAAGUUAAUCGUGUUAAACAGAGAAGUGUCGGAUCACAGUCCAUUUGUAUUAUUAACAACCACAUAUAACUUUGGAUCAAUUCGGUUUCGAAUUUUAAAUAGUUGGUCGGACGCUCCGGGGUAUGAUGUUGUAGUUAGAAAAGGGUUGGAAAAAAGUUGUGAAUCAGUUUUCAAGGAUGAGUGUUUGGAAGUGAAGUUUAAAGCAAUUAGAGAAGAACUAAAAACAUGGCGAAACAAAGAAAAAGCGAAAGAUGAGGAACAGAUAGCAACAGCCACCGAAAAUAUAGAAAAACCGGAGAUAGAAGCAGAAAAAAGGAGCCUUACUGAACAAGAGAUAGAGUUUUGGAAAGGAUACAAAAGAAGUAUAAAGGAAUGGCAAAAGGUGAAAGCAAAGGAUUUAAUGCAGAGAUCUCGGCUAAAGUGGAUUGAGUUGGGAGAUGAAAAUACGAGGUUCUUUCAUACACUUGUGAAUAGUCAUAAGGUACGAAACCGGGUUAACGGAUUGUGGAUAGAUGGCAGUUAG